AAUAGAAUACAUCUACAUGUAAUAAACUAGUUACUUGUAAUUUUGUGUGUAAAAGAAGAAAAAAAAAAAAACACUGUACACCAUGGGCUGCUACUCCACAGCCCGCACUCUUUUAUUCUUCGGCCUUUUUCUUUUGUUCUCCUAGGCAGUAUACAUCAUUCGUUGUAUGUGAGUUCAAUUACCUCCAGAUUUUGUUCUGCUCCAUCGAUAAUCUUUGCAGAAUCAACCUUCUUCUCUUAAAUUGGUGUGCGUUUCUCUCUAAUCUGCAUAUAUUUCUAGCAACAAAGGAUGAGUGCAAGGAGGAAGACUCCGUUGCAGAAACACAGAGAAGAAGAAGAGGCCAAAAAGAAGAGGGCCGAAGAGGAAACAGCUAGGUUAUAUCAAGAGUUUGUGGAAUCAUUUGAAGUGGACAAUGCCCCUGGUUCUAAGACGUUUGUUAGAGGGGGACUCAUCAAUCCUAAUGAUAGAGUGAAAUCUGAUUCUGAAGGUCCGUUGGAAAGAAUGACUGCUUUUUCCUUUCAGUAAUUUCAUUGUUUAUAUUUGUUCCAGUUUUUUUACUCGAUGUGGAUACAUGAAUGCUUUCUUUUUACACGAAUGCAUUAAUAAAAAUAUGGGCCUUUUCUAUUCAUUCACGGAUGGCAGGUGGAAUUUCCAAAGAUGAGGGUUCUGGUAUAAAGAAGGGAAGUAGAUAUGUUCCGUCUUUCAUUCCACCUCCUUUGGCUAGUAAGGGUAGAGAAUAUGAGAAAAAGAAAGAAGAGAAGCCAAAGGAAAAGGAAAAAGGGAAGUCGAGAAACAUUGAUCAUUUCAUGGAGGAGCUGAAGCAUGAACAAGAAAUGAGGGAAAAGCGUAACCAAGAGCGUGAACACUGGCGAGAUACCCGUCAUAGUGAUAAUUCUGUUCUAUCUAGUAGGUUUGAUGAGCUGCCAGAUGAUUUUGAUCCAAGUGGAAGGCCUGGAUCAUUUGAUGAUGGAGACCCUCAGACGACGAAUCUUUAUGUUGGAAAUUUAUCACCUCAGGUUGAUGAAAACUUUCUGUUGCGAACUUUUGGAAGAUUUGGUCCUAUUGCUAGUGUGAAGAUAAUGUGGCCUAGGACGGAAGAAGAGAGGAGACGCCAAAGAAACUGUGGUUUUGUAGCAUUCAUGAAUAGGCCUGACGCUCAAGCUGCAAAGGAUGAAAUGCAAGGUGUAGUUGUUUACGAAUACGAGUUAAAGAUUGGUUGGGGUAAAUCUGUGUCUCUUCCAUCUCAAGCACUUCCUGCUCCACCUCCAGGACAUAUGGCCAUCAGGAGUAAGGAGGGUGCAACUGUUAUCUUGUCUGGUCCAUCAGGCCCUCCAGUUACUACUGUGCCAAGCCAAAAUUCCGAAUUGGUUCUUACUCCCAAUGUCCCUGAUAUUACUGUUACUCCCCCGGAGGAUGAUCAUCUCCGUCACGUGAUUGAUACAAUGGCACUUUAUGUUCUUGAUGGUGGUUGUGCUUUUGAGCAAGCUAUAAUGGAGCGCGGUCGUGGAAAUCCGUUGUUUUCUUUCUUGUUUGAGCUUGGAUCAAAGGAGCACACAUAUUACGUUUGGAGGCUGUAUUCUUUUGCUCAGGGGGAUACUCUUCAGCGAUGGCGAACGGAGCCCUUCAUCAUGAUAACUGGUAGUGGGAGGUGGGUACCACCUCCUCUUCCAACUCCCAAGGGCCCAGAAAAUGAAAAGGAAGCUGGAAAUACAUUUGCGGCCGGAAAAAGCAGGCGCGUUGAACUGGAAAGGACACUGACUGAUGCUCAAAGAGAUGAAUUUGAGGAUAUGCUACGUGCGUUGACAUUAGAAAGAAGUCAAAUAAAGGAUGCAAUGGGUUUUGCGCUGGACAACGCUGAUGCCGCUGGGGAGGUAGUUGAAGUUUUAACCGAGUCUCUUACUCUUAAGGAAACACCCAUACCUACAAAAGUUGCUAGACUCAUGCUUGUCUCGGAUGUCCUUCACAAUAGUAGUGCUCCUGUGAAAAAUGCAUCUGCUUAUCGCACCAAAUUCGAAACUACUCUUCCAGAUAUAAUGGAAAGCUUUAAUGACUUAUACUGUGGUAUAACUGGGAGAAUCACUGCUGAAGCCCUUAAGGAGCGUGUUCUUAAAGUGCUUCAAGUCUGGGCAGACUGGUUUUUAUUUUCAGAUGCAUAUGUGAAUGGACUGCGAGCAACUUUCCUUCGAUCGGGAAACUCUGGUGUGGUUCCAUUUCAUUCAAUUUGUGGUGAUGCUCCUGAGUUGGAGCAGAAUGCUAGCCCUGAUGAUAGGGGGAAUAGUGAAAAGAUCAAUCAAGAUGCUGCGCUUGCAAUUGGGAAAGGAGCUGCAAUGAAGGAGCUGUUGAACCUUCCACUUGGUGAGCUGGAGCGGCGAUGUAGACAUAACGGGUUGUCUCUUGUGGGUGGUAGAGAAAUGAUGGUUGCAAGGCUACUUUAUCUGGAAGAGGCAGAAAAACAGAGAGUCUAUGAAGUAAAUGAUGCUCAGAAGUAUGCACAAAAUCAGUCAAGUUCAACGCAUUAUGCUACCAGCAAGAAAGGUGCAUUGGAUGAUAUGGACCCGGUGGGAUUAUCUGGAUGGAGUAAUAACGGGGAUGGCAUGCCACCAAAGGGAAAAGGCAUCACAAAUUUACUCCAAACUAAUUCAAUUCAGCAGGAUCAAAGGCCCUACUCUAAAGAAGCCGAAAGUACAUCCAUCCUGCCAGCCUCAAAGUGGGCUAGGGAGGACAAUGAUAGUGAUGAUGAGCAUAACAGAAGUGCUGGGGAUCUUGGCUUAACUUAUUCCUCUUCUGGAAGUGAGAAUGCUACAGAUGGCUUUAGCAGGAACAAAGAGUUGGAUUUUGCAACUGUAGCGAGUAAUUCAUCACAUGUGGAUACUGGGUUAACUGAAGAACAUAGACAAAAAUUGAGGCGUAUUGAGGUUGCAUUAAUUGAGUAUCGUGAAUCAUUGGAGGAGCAUGGUAUCAAAAGCCCAGAAGAAAUUGAGAGGAAAGUUGCAAUACAUAGAAGACGGCUACAGUCAGAGUAUGGGUUGUUAGAUUCCAAUGAAGAUGCUUCAGGCAAAAAGAGAUCUUCGGAGAGGAGAGAUAGAAGAGAUGAUUCCCAUGAACCUUCAAAGAAGCGUCGGCGUAGCAGGAGUCAAAGCGAUAGCCCCCAGAGAAAAUCUUCCAGCCGAGACAGGGAUAGGGAAAGUGAUCUGAAUAGGGAUAGAGAAAGACGCAGAGAGAGGGAUUCAAGGAGUCAUGAUUUAGAAAGCGGAAGGGUAAGGGAUCGUGAAAAAAGUGGAAGCAGGGAGAGAGACGAUCAUGACAGAGAUAGAGGCAGAGAAAGGGAUAGGGAAAGAAGAAGGACAAAAUGAGCUAGUUGGCCAUUUGAAUGUGGUGUACGAUCAUGACAGAGAUAGAGGCAGAGAAAGGGAUAGGGAAAGAAGAAGGACAAAAUGAGCUAGUUGGCCAUUUGAAUGUGGUCCAUUUGCUGCCAAAGCCCAUUUCCUGGUUUUAUUUUGAUUGGGAAAGUCUGAAAUGCGGGUAAUUGUCUAGACUUGAGAGCUGCUUUCGCAGUUUUGAAACUUAGGUGGGGAAUGAUCUGCCAUAUCCAAGGUACAACAAACCUUUUAGAGUGUCUGUACAAUGACAAUUAAGUUGGAGCACUUUCUAUAGCGAGAAAAAUCUUUUGAAGAACAUUGUAGAUCUAGUGGUGUCAUUAACACUUGCUGAAUGCGCUUUCCCAUGGCCAGUAGUUUAAGUGAGACUUCUUUAUUGAACAGUAACAGGUAGAUUCAUGUGCUCCUGCUGUUGUGAACAUUUAUUAGUAGUCUCGUGUAUGUGAAAGUUUUGUUCUAAAUGAGAUGUUUAGAACAAAAAACGGUUGUGUUCGAUGCAAAUCCUUUCUUUAUUCCUUGUUAAUGCCUUGUUCUAUAGGUCCAAUGGAUUUCAAUCAAAAUACUUAAGGGAAUCUGAAUCUAAGUUUAUUAAUUUGUAAUCCUUAUGUUGUUUUUGGUCCAUCUAUUAUGAUGCAGAU